AGGCCGCGUAAACACAUGCGGAUAUGCCGCGAUGUAAAAUGGCGGUGUGAAAGAUACGAACAGUUAUCUAAAUACAGAGGAUUUACCUCAGAGAGUCUUACUUCGCGUGAAGUAAUAUUUCUCAGAUUACUGAAGUAAACCAUUUAUGAAAAGGUAUGGCCAAGAGGAUUGCAGACAAAGAGCUAACUGACCGAAACUGGGAUCAGGAAGAAGAGGGAGAAGAGGCUGGGACGUUUUCUAUGGCAAGUGAUGAUGUUUUAAAGAAUCGUCCUAUUAAAAAGGCCAAGCGUAGAAAUCUUGGAUCAGAGGCUGAUGGUGGUGGAACCUUCAAAGGUUUUAAGGGAUUCUCUCUGACGCCAUCCACAACAAGCGCAGGGCCAACUUCAGCAUCUUUUUCAGGUUUUGGCAAUGGUGGCAGUUUCAAAGGUUUUGGAGGUUUGAGCAAUGGAAAUGGUGUCCCUUCUUUUGGAACUUUCACAGCACCUCCCACAUCCACAAGUGCAACGGCAUUCAACGGCUCCGCCUCCUCUAGCGUCAGUGCUGACAUCACUACAAAACAGACCAAUGGCGCUUCCCUGAGCCCAGCUCAAAGCGCAGGCUCCAGCAGCAGCACCAGUUAUAAGGAGUACAGUCGGCAACUGACUGCACUUAACUGCUCCGUGCGGGACUGGAUCACCAAGCAUGUCAAUGACAACCCAUUGUGUGAUCUGAACCCCAUCUUCCGGGAUUAUGAACGACACCUGACCAGCAUUGAGAAGAAAUAUGGGGCUGGAGCAUCUGAUGUCAGCUCUGGGGAGAAGCCAGCAGUCCCAGCAAAUACAGCUCCUCCUCCUGCUGCUUCCUUCAGUUCUUGCAGCAGCAGUCCAACUCCAGCUUUGUUCUCAUUUGGGAAAGGGCCUGAUGAGUCGACUCAAAACAAAACCACCACAUCAGUACCCGCCGGUGUUUCUUUUAACUUUGGCCAGAAGGUGGACAGUACAGUUUUAAGCUCAUUUGGACCAAAGUCCACAGCUCCAAGUUUUUCUUUCUCUUCUGGCAAUGCUUCAACUCAGAGCCCCCUCUUUGGAGCAGCAAGCUCCCAGUCCUUUGCAGCACCUAAAAGUGAAAACACACCACAAACAGAUGAAAAUGGAGAUGAGGAAACCGAAGAUCCGCCCAAACCUGAAAUCAAGGAAGUAAAAGAGGAAGAUGCUUUUUAUUCCAAGAAGUGUAAAAUGUUUUACAAAAAGGAUACUGAAUUUAAGGAAAAAGGAGUGGGAACUUUGCACUUGAAACAAAGUGGAGAAGACAAAACUCAAAUGAUAAUUCGAGCAGACACCAAUCUGGGAAACAUCCUACUGAACAUCAUUCUACAGUCAUCCUUACCAUGUUCCAGGGUCGGCAAGAACAAUGUUAUGCUUGUGUGUGUUCCCAAUCCAACCAUUGAUGACAAAAACCCAAAUACUCCUAUCCCACUUCUCAUACGUGUCAAGACAGAGGAAGACGCCAAUGAGCUCCUUAAAAUUUUGGAGGAGAAAAAAGGCUAAAACUUUCUCAAUCACUUUUUAGUACAUCUCACCCCCUUUGCCCAUAUCCUCCACUAGUUAAACCCCGCCGGUCUCACAUUAUUGACCAUACCACAGUCGUUUUUUUAUAAUACAUGCUUAUUUGAACUGAACUCAUCUCCAGUAAUUUGAUGGUUAUACUGUGAAAUAUGUUUUUGAUACAUCACAUAUUCUCAAGUAGGCUCUGAUAUUCACAGCUACAUUCCACUUGCUGCUGUUUUAUUAGAAAGUGUAUCUUUUUUUGCUUCUUGUAUUAAUUUUACUUUUUUGGAGGAAGAGGUAUCUUGAGAGUAAGUGUAUAUCCAUACAAAUUAUUGUACAGUGUUGCAGAUUUUGACUUUUGGAGAAGUCUCCAAGUAAUAGGCCGUUCAAUUUGGUUUUACAAAUUAAACACUUGCAGUGACAGUAAAUUUUAUAAUGACAGAGGAUUUAGUUUAGUUUCUUUUGGAGUGUCUUUUGAAUGUUUUUGCUCUGGGAACUAUUUAUUGCAACAGGUUUUUGUUUGUUUCUCAGCGAUUGAACCCUGGAUGUAUGUUUCCCCAUUUAGCUUCUUAAAUUUAUGUGGAAGCCAACAUUUUUAUGUAAACAUGCAAUCUGCUUUUCCAAGUGUCCUUUGUGUGGAUAUCAUUCUGGCCUUUAAGUAGAGGUGUGCUGUCAUUGUCAAAGAACAA